GAAUCGUCAUUGGCGACCAUAAGUACCCGGGUACCUAUAGAUGCAGCCAAAAAUAAAUACUAAUAAGAAUAUCUUCAAGAUCGUUUUCUAGUUUCUUUGUACUUGAGGGUUUGAAUUUGUCUAAGUCAUUAAGUUAUAAGUCUAAGUAGUAAGUAAGUUAGUUAAUAUAAUAAGUUAAGUACUGUUCUCCUGUAAAUUGUAAACUAAUUUUUACCGCCUGUCACAAUGAAUGACAAUAAUUGACAAUCAAUAUAUAAUAUAUUAUAUAAAUUACCAUAAUUUACUAGACUAUAUUGCUAUAUAUUAUAUUAUUAUAUAUUAUAAUACAGUUAUAGAGCAAUACUAGUUUUGUUUUACUAGUCUCAGUAUAACUGACACUGGCUUAAGUUAAUAAUAAUAACUGUCACUAGGACUAGAUUUAGAUAAUUAGUUGUAAUCAUAAUACUUGGACUUGGGUCUGGGUCUAACUAUAGACUACUACAGUCUACAGGCUAUUAACUACUAAUUAUUUUUAUUAUUAUUGCUAGUUAAUUUAAAUUUACUUAGGAUCAAAUAUGAUGUAUUAUUUAAUUCUUAACAUAAAUUCAGUAGGCCUAUACUAUGACUAUUGUUAUUAAAUUUCAGCAGUAAAGAAAUAAGGCACAUGAUUCCUGCUGUUUAAUUAAUGAACAAUCAUGUCAGGAAAGGGUCCAAAUUAUUUACACAACUUAGAAGUUUUUAAUCAGCUGCGACCAGGUGACAGAGUGCAAUUUCAAAGACGCAUUUACUCGCACUGGGGAAUUUAUUUUGGUAAGUUUAUUUAUCUUGAUAUGCUACUGAAUUUUGUCUUCUUCUUCUAUAUAUUAAGGGCCCAUGAUCAAUUUAUUGAUCAUUUUGGCUCCUAUGCAUGUAGAGGGGAUUUGCAAUGUUUCUGUGCCUAGUGUUGAUGAGGAUAUUUCACUGAUUGCAAGUGCUACUUUGUGAGGGAAUCAUGCACUGAGGGUUGUAAGGCUUGAGGCAAUUGACGCAAAUGUGUCUAGUGUUGUCGCCUCAACUGUCCCUUUUGAAAGCUUGUUCCAGUCCCUGAUUGUCUUUGGUAGGAAUGAGCAAUUCUUAUAAUGGCUUCAUGGCCUCGUCGCUAUCUAUGGGGGAAAGGGAAGAGUUUCUGUUUAAUACUGGAACAGUGGACUAGCCCAUUAUUUAUCUUGUACAUUAUGGAGAGCCUGGAUAGUUGUCUUCAUUCCUCCAAAGGUGACCAGACUACUAGUGUUUCCAGCAUGCUGCAAACACUAGAGGUAUUCCUGUAGUGGUUCAGGACAAAGCAUGCUGCCCAUCACUGGACCGCCUCCAACCUGUCAAUGCUCUUCUGGGUAAAUGGGUCACAGACUGAAGAUGUAUAAUCUAAAACCGGACGGACAAAGGCUUUGUAGGCUCUUUCUUUCACACAGGAGUUGCCAAUCUUUAGAUCACGCCUUAAGAACCCCAGAGUCUUGUUUGCUUGGUUACAUACAUUGUUAAUAUGCUCGUCCCAGCGGACCUCUCUUUGAAUGGUUAACACCCAGGUACUUUACGGAGGAAACUGGCUCAAGUAUAUGGUCAUGCAGUUCGUAUUGGUAGUGUAGAGGAUUACAACUUCUAGAGACUGAUUGUGUGUGGCACUUGGCAGGAGUAAAUUCCAUGUCCCAGCUCAUCUCCCACUCAGCUAACGGAUUGAGAUCCUGUUGUAGCUGGUUCUGGUCAGAUCUGUUGGCGAUCGUCCUAUACACAGCGGUGUCAUCUGAGAACAGUCUUGCUUGGGAUGUCAGUUUCUUGGGUAGGUCAUUAAUGUAUGCUAGGAACAAACAGGGGCCUAGCACUGAUCCCUGGGGGACCUUUGACUUCACACCAACAAAGGAGGCGCUUGUACCGUCCACCACUACUGCUUGGCAUCAGCUGCUGAGGAAGCUAGAGAUCAAUGUAUUAGUGUUGCCUUGGAUCCCAUAUCUCUGAAGUUUGUGUAGAAGCAAACUAUGAUUGACACUGUCAAAUGCCUUUGAGAAGUCCAUCACCAGCACGUCAGUUUGCUUGUGGUUCUCCAGAUUGGUCAUCAACUCUUCUAUAAAUUCAAGGAGCUGGUUCUCACAUGAUCUAUUGACUCGGAAGCCAUGUUGACAGUCAUUGAGUAUAUUUUGGCUUUCAAGAUGCUUCAUGACUGUGCUUACGAUUAUGUGCUCCAACAGUUUGCAGACCACACUGGUGAGGGAUCUCGGACGAUAGCUGGCAGGGUUGGAAUGCUCCUCUUUCUUGUAGGUUAGAGUGACUUGCGCUGCUCUCCAGUCUGCUGGAAAAUUUCCUGUGCACAGCGAUGAUUGGAAGAGGAUUGUCAGUGCAGGAGUGAUUUCUUUGGCUAAUUCUUUGAGCACUCGUGGCUUGAUGUUGUCAGGACCACAUGCUUUGUAGGGGUUAAUGGUUUUGAGGAGGGCAAGCGCACCCUGCUCUGAUAUCUGGAUAUCUUCCAUGACGGGGUAAGCUCUGUUCAUCAUUUUGGUCUUCAGAAGGAACUCAGACUCCGAGUACUCUUUACCGUCACCAAAGACUGACUGGAACUGCUGUUUAAGUAUUUCAGGCUGUGCUUUUGGGUCAGAUGUCAAAUGGCCAUCCCACCUCAGGGGGGAAACUCCAGCGUUUGAGGACUAUUGGUGCUUCACAUAGCUCCAGAAGCACUUGUUCUUAACACCCUUGGUCGGGGUGUCUUCCUCUGAGAAGAUGCCGUUCAGGUAGUUCCAAUAAGAUCUGCGCAAUUUUUUAUCCCCAUUUGACAUUUGCUACUAUUGCUUUAAGAAUUAUCAAUUUUCUUCAUGUCAAUAAUUAUUACAAAUAUCAAUCUGGGGUACCACCUAAUGAUUAUUAAAAGGUUGUUUUUAUUUCAACAUUAUAUCAUGUUAGCUUAUAUUAUAUAUUAUUGACAAUGUAUUUUAUGGUUGACUAUAAAGGGAAUCUCAGUGAUUAUGUCAAUCUGCAGUUCACAAUUUAUAUGUAUUUAAAGAUUGUCAUUAUGUUUCUGCAUGUUUAAAAAAAAAAAUAUAUAUAUAUUUUUGCUUACAGGGAAUGGGAAGAUCAUUCAUUUGGCUGGUGAGGAUAAUGAUGGCAUCAAUGGAAAAGUGAAGCCUGAACAUUUGUUCACUAUCUGUGGCAGGACAUUCGAUAAAGCCAGGGUCAGCAUUGAUGACUUUUGGGAUGUUGUUGGACAAGACAAGGCAUACUUAAAUAACUCGAAAGAUAAACUCUGGAGGUAUAUUUUCACUUUCUUUCUAGCUAGUGAAUAUAAGGUGUUUUUUUGUUGUAAGCUGAUAAAUAUACAAUAGGUGAUGUUAGACACAGUUUUAUGAAAGACAUAACAUGGGUAAGGAGAUUUGAAAUAAAAUAUGGCAUACCGUCCUUUUAAGAUUCACUGUAAUCAUAUGAUAAAAAAUUAACAAGACAGCUAGUUAACUGGGAGGAAAAGAACACUUCAUGGGCUGACAAGUAAAUGGGCCCAAGCAAGCCAGGUCUCUGCAGGGUAAUAAGGGGAGAGACUGUAAUCAGGUUAGUACAAAAUAAAAUGAGUAAAACAGAGUAGGGUUAAACCUGAAAAAAUAAACGCAACAAAACAGUGAACGUGUCGGCAGAAAGCCUUCGUCAGCGAACAAAACAGAAAAAACGGUAUAAAAAUAAAAAUAAGAAAUAGCACUUAGCUGGUAAGUAGUAUCUGUGGGCAGCAAAAGAAGUGUGGCAGAAGGUAAGUGAGUGAGAGUUUAAAUGGGGAACAGCGAAAAAAAGAGGAGAAAAAAGUUCACUGUUAUAGGUCAGAACGUGGAGGGGCGGAGCUAGGGUCAAGCUGUGAACAGAGACAUAACAUUAAUCCCAUCUGGCGUCAAAGUGCCAUAAGUCAUGAUAAGCCUGUGUUCCAAAUUGACCUGGCUGGCGGUGUUCGUGCUAGCCACAAUCGCACUUAUUGAAAAGUCCGCCUUGCUCUGGUGGUUGCUACUAUUGAAGUGUUUGGAUACGGGACACUGUUUAUCUUGUGUAAUGUUUCGGAGGUCUCUGCAUUUGGAGAAAAAAAAUAUAUAGACUCACAAUCACAUGCCUUCUUGUAAAAGUUAAACUAGAAAUUAUUUAAAUAAUUUAAUAAACAAAUUUUUGGAAUGUGCUAGUGUGUUUCAUCAUAAAAUAAAUAUGAUGAUCCAUAAAAUAAUUUUUAUAAUAAUUUGUAAAUAAUACUGUAUAAAUAAAGUGACCACUGUUGCUUUGAUUUUUAACAUCUAUUAACCUUAACUAGCAUAUUUUCAAUCUAUUAAAUGCUGUUAAUUAUUCAACUGUAUGGUUGGUAAUAAUUACAUAUAAAAAGUUACAGACAAUCGAAUCAUGAAAAAUUACCAUCAAAAUAUAAAUGCCAUAUACAUACAAGAGUACCGGUAUAAAGUUUGUGACAAGCCAGAUGAUCAACAGGUCAUUAGCUAAGAGGUUAAAAGUGUUUUACUUGUAAAGGUUUCAUCAAUCAUUAAGAUCAAAUUUAUUUUAAAUAAUAAAAUAUACAUCUUUACAUAUUUUUUUCAUCAGCCCACUUGACGUAGACAGCAUUCUUAAUAAUGCAUUACAGAAAAUUGGGGAAGUUAAAUACAGUCUCAUCUACUCAAACUGUGAGCACUUUGUAAACUGGUGCAGAUAUGGCAACAACAAAAGCGAUCAGGUGAAUAUUUCUCAACGUCCUCAUAUCAUUAUUCCUACACUGACAUAGUAUAAUUUAUAGAGUAAACAUUUAAGAGCUCAAAACAGACUAUAUGUAUAAUAAAGAAUACUAAUGAUGAGAUUCGUUUACAUGCAUUUUGAAAAGAUUAAAAUGUAUUUUGCCUAACAAUAAUAUUUUUUAAUGAACAGGUGGACUCUGUUAUAACAGGGUUAGCAGCUGGAGGAACAGUAGCAUUUGCUGCCGGUGUUAUUUAUGCAAUAGCUAAAGCUUUUACCAAGGGCAACAAGGAGGAGGAGGAAAAACAAGAACAAUCAUUCAUGUGACCUGAUGACCUCAGCUUCAAAUCCAAUUUUUCAAUAUAGCUUCAAAUCUAAUACUCUCAAUACACAUUCAAAUCCAAUAUACUCUAUACAGUUUCAGCUUCAAAACCAGAAUACUCAAUGCAUCUUCAAAUUCUUUUUGUUAUGCAUGCAUUGCAUUUUGUUUAAUAUUCUUCAAUUCUGCCAUUUAUUUUCACUGUUUUUAUCAUUAAAAUUUUUUAAAGAUAAAAUCAUUUAUAUUCUAAUUCUAUUUCUAACUAAAAAUUUGAAUGACUUUAAUAAUAAUAAACAUUAGUUACUAGAGAAUAUUGUAAAUCUAAGACAAACUUGUUAGGUCUAAGCUAGUUAAACGAUUUAAUUACAGUUUGUUACGACCUCAAUAAAUACUACAUUUUUAAGGCCGUAUAAAUAAUUAUCUUUAAUCAUAAUGUCCAAAGUGAAUGAUAAUGUUAACAAAUUGUAAAGUAGGCCUAUUUCUGUAUUUUUCAAAAAUAAGAUUGAUGCAUGGCUCCUGGUAAUACAAGAAAUACAUUAACAAUUUUACCCAUUAUAAUGUAAGUGAAAUGUUUUGGGUUUUUUCAAUAUCUUUCAAAAGGGUUUAUUUUGUGCUUAAUUUGUACUUCCUUGAUAAAUGCAUUUCAUUGAAAAGUUUAUUCACAUUUAAAAAUCAGAAAUAACUUAUCCUGUAAAUUUAAAUCACCCAAAACUGUUGAGACGUUCCAUUAUUGCUGAUUAAAUUUUAUUGGUAUUAAAGUAAAAAGCCGUUUUCCAGACAGAAAAGGAGAUGUAUUCAAAAGAAUAAGAACAAAUUUUAAGGGGAAGUUACUCUGAAUCCUACAAUGUAUUAUCCAGAGAAUACUGCCCGCGUUGGAUAUUUCUAUCGCGGCUCAGGCGCACAGACUCGAUAACGUUUUAAUUUUUUUAUGUAACCAUUCUCGAAAAUCUAUUGUAAAAGUUCUCUUCAUUAUGUAAAUUUUGUAAAUAUGUCAUUACACAAAUGUGCUAAGCCAAGAAAUUUGCUUCAGAAGAGAAAAAAUCUCUUUUCAGCGCCGCCGAAAACCAACACCCCCCCCCCCCCAACUUGUUAUAUCUUAAAUCUUGUUUGUAUGAAAAAGUACAAUAUAUUUUAGUGGGUUCGGGGUGGAUUGAAUUUACAUAUCAUCUAUUUAAUCAGGGCUAAAAUUUGUUUGGAUCUCGAUUAAAUUACUGGAGAUUUGAAAACAGAUUUUAACAAACUUUCAGUUGCACUUUCUCUAAUCCUGUAAUCUUGAUGAUAACACCUAAUCCAUGUGUUCAUUUUUAGGGAAGGAGUCCAAAAAGUGCAAUUAAUAACCUUAUCCUUUUAUCCUAAGAAUGAGGUUACAACAGUGUUCCUUUGUUAUUCCUAUCACGACAAUGACUUCUACCAAAACCACUCUUCCCAUUUCACAUCUGUUUUUGAUAUUAAAACCUUUUUGCAAAGAUGAUAUUAAACCGUGGUCAAUGUUUCUAAGACUUUUGAACUCUUAUUUAUUCUCUGUACCUUAAUAUUAGAAAUUCAAUUGAGUGAAUGAAAUAUACUCUUAAAUUUUGGAUAAGAAAUUUUUUGCAGUCUUCAACUUCAAUGUUUUAAUUUUUUAAAACUCUCUAUCAUGUUACUAUUGACUCUUAAUCGUGCAUUUAUUUCAAGUAAUUUUUUAAUAAUUUACUUUAAAAAUAUCAAUGUUUUGUCAUCUAGACUUCACAUGAGUUGUAUUGUUGCUAAUUAAAUAUUAUUGGUUAUUGGGCAUUGCUUAUGUCUAACACUCAUACUCUUGGUAAAGGAUUUUCUCAUUUAAAAAAUAAAUAAAUUGUGCUUCUAAUUUAAAUAAAGUUGUAAAUAUUACAAGUCCUUAUGUCUUGGAUUUUCAUUGAACCAUGCAGUUGUGAAGGAAAUGCAUUCUUCGCCUAUUUGAAUCAUUACAAAUAACAUGUAAUAGUUGAAUAGUAACUUGACAUUGUAUUUACUUUAUCUAGCAUCAGAGUAUAUUUUCAUAAAGGAAGUAUAACUUGAUCUUCAAUAAAUUUCAUGAUUAAACUGUAUUAAGAGCCUGCCAAGUUGGUUUGAAAGCCAAAGGAACAUAAUAAAUUGGAAAGAGUAAGAAUAAAUUAAAUUUAUUUUGAUUGCUGUUUUUUGUUGAAGGAAAAAUCUCGUAGAGCAGAAAUAUGUAAAGUGUAAGGCAAUUGAUCCUCCUAAAACAUUACUUUGUUUAAACAAAAGUAGAGAAAAGUAUAAAAUACUUUGUUGAUUGAGUACAUCAUAGCAACAGUUGAGGCAUAUCGAUUGUGACCGUGACAUUACAUCAUGAUUCUGACAAUGACAUGACAUCCCGAGUCUGAUAGUGACAUUACAUCCUGAUUCUGACAGUGACAUGACAUCCCGAGUCUGACAGUGUCAUUACUGACGUGAAUUCUUCAUUGACCCUGACAUACUGUACUCCUUAGCUGCAGCUGCUUUGUUAAUUC